AUGACAAUCGGCACUAUACACAAUGUUGAUGUGAGAAGUGGGUUUUUUGAGCAAGCUUUUUCUCAAGAUGAAAAAGACUUGACUAAAGAUCAUGACUAUUACAGUUUCAAAGCUGAUUACGAUGCUCUCUAUUAUAAACUUCAAUAUUAAGAUGGACCCUAGAUUGGAAUAGAAUAGAUUUAAAGGUAUCCUUAAGGUGAUGAUACUGAUGCUGUUAGUUUCAGACUUGAGAUUACAGACACCAAAGGUAUAUAUCCUAUGAUUUUAAUAACUUUUUAUUACAGCAAAUAAUUCAAAUGUGCAAGAUAAGGAGGUGACUUCAAUAAGGACACAUAGCAUUGCUUUACUUACUUUAGACUUAAAGACAUAUGCAUAAAAGUAUCUGAGAAUCCAGAAACAAAUUAAUGGGAUUUAAAUAAUACCUGGGGAACUUAUGGGUGCAUCGGACCUACCAAAGAAGUUGCCGAUUAUUAGCAGAUCAAAACUAAUGAUGGUAAUGGAAUCGACUAUCAUUUUCCAAUGAUUUUAACAGUAAAUUUCAAAGUUAGGAAUGGAGAGGACCCCUUUCUUGUAGCUUCAGCCCUGACUGUGAGCACUUUUAACUUUGGAAUUUCUUCAAAUGAAAUGCUAAUCUUAGGAAUUGCAUUUGCAAUUAUUGGAUUUAUUACUUUACUACAACCAAUUGCAUAUAUCUAUAAAGUUAGAGCAGAUGCUAAUUCUAUUGUGUACUAAAGGACAACAAUUAAAGAUAGUAGGAAUAAAAAGAUUGAAUAUUCUACUUAUAAAGAUGAACCAGAAUCAAUAACAGAGAGAAACAACAAUUAUGUUCCAAACAAAAAUUCGAGUUUGUCAAGAAAUAGAUCAAGGCAAUAGAAUCAAAAGCUCUCCAUAAAGGAAUCAGACAUUAUAGUAGAUACAGAUCUUCAGGAAGCUUCUUUAAUUUCUAAGAAAUCAGGACACCUUAUAAUGUUGAAAAUAACAGCCGAAGAAGUAAACUUCGUUAUAUACUAAUAUUUGCACGAGUCAGGAUUUUAGCACUCAGCUUUUACGUUCGCACAGGAGGCUAAUAUGCAUGAGAAUAAGUACAAUCACUACAGGAUCCCUGCUGGUCUUUUGAUUACAUUUUUGGAAAAAGCCCUUACACUUAUAAACAUGGAAACUCAUCUAAACGAUAAUGAAGAGAUGAAAAUUUGUCAAUAGCCAUUUACGUUGUUGAGUCCUCACUACUGUGAGGUGAAUGUUACCGCCAAGGAGAGGAUGUAGUCCGAAAUUGAGAGGCUACUUGAAAUUGAGAGCUAAAUGAGUCAAAAGCUUGAUGUUAGAUUGACUAAUAGUGCUCCAGUAACUUCUCCUGAUAUUUUAAUGCGCAAUAAUGGAAAUACCACUAAUGACUUUAAUCAAUAUGAGAGGAGUGUUGACGCCCAAAAAAGAUCUUAAACUAUCAACUAUGACAUCCUUGAAAGCAAUGGAAAGAGUACAAUGAUCAUAAACCAUCAUUAAGGUUAAGUAAGUAGUCUAUUUUUGGUAAUAUUUUUCGAAGGUCUAUCACACAUAAUGGAAUCCAUCUAAGAAGCAGCUUGUCUCAGCGUAAGUAUUAAGCAUCCAGCUCAACAGAUUAUGUUUAGUGGAUAAGGUAAGAAUGCAUUCCUGUGGAGUUUCAAUGGUGACAGUCUGCAGAGUAUAGCCCUGACUGAAGGCCUUCCUCAUUGUAAAGAUGCCUCUGCAAAUAUUCAAGGCUGCAGGAGAUAAGAUCGUUACAAGCGCAUCAGAUGGAUUAGCAAGGGUGUGGUCAGAUAAAGGAGAGAUCAAGAGCAUAUUCAACUGUAAUAACAUAAAUAAGAUGGCAAAUAUGAACCAUUAUAAAGACUCUGUAAAUUAAUUUAAAUUUAAAAUUAACAGGCAUAUAACGAACUUGGGGCUUCUGAUUAAUAUGGUUCGUAAUCAUACAAAGAUGAUUUAUCGACAUCGAUGGUUAUGGUUUCAAAAUGGAACAAAGAGGGUUAAAUGAUAGCCUCAGGAAUUUAGGAUCGUAAGGUUUUAGUUUGGAUGCCGCAAGGCCUUAAACCUGAGCAUGUUGUGAAAACAUUCAACUAAGAUAAUGAGGUAGUUGAUCUCGAUUGGUAAAACAAUACGGAUCUAGCCUCAUGCUCCCUCGAUUAGAAUAUAUACUUGUGGAGCUUGAAUUAAGACUAACCAAAAAGGGUUUGGAAAGGACAUCAAAGCACAAUUAAUUUCAUUAAAUGGGAUCCUGCUGGAAGUCUUCUUGCAAGCUGCUCAGAAGAUGAAGUUGCUUAUCUAUGGUCACCGAAAUAAAAUGAGGCAGUUCGAUCAUUGAAAGGACAUCUCUCUUCGGUAAAUAACUUAAAAUGGAAUAAUCAUCCUUUCAUGAAUGGACCAAACAGUACCUCACCAAUGCAAUUAUCUGGUAAUAUACCUGUUCCUAUUCUUGCUACUGCUAGCAGAGAUCAAACUGUAAAAAUAUGGGAUGUUGAGAUGGGGAAAAGUAUCUUUACACUCUAAGGUCAUGAAUCUCCUGUCUUGAGUUUGGCAUUUAGCCCUGACAAUAAACUCUUAGUUUCUGGUGGACUCCAAGAUGAGCUCUUCAUUUGGUCUCUACAGGAUCAGAAAAUAGUAAAAGCAUUUAAGCAAACUCCCCAGAUGCAAGGAGGAAUGGUUCUAGAUGCUAACUGGAGCCACGAUGGACUAAUGAUUGCUGCUGGCAACAAUAAAUCAAUAGUGCUGCUAGACAUCCGCUAUUUCCACUCUGUGCCAUUAUGA